AUAAAAGGGCCCCGCGGCCGCCCGCCCCCGUUCCGCUUCGCUCCGUUCCGCCGCGCUCCUCCGCCCGCCCCGGCCAUGGCUAAGGACCAGCUGAAACCGCGGCUGUGCCAUAUGCUGAAAGGGGAGAACGGCUACGGCUUCCACCUGCACGGCGAGAAGGGCAAGAGCGGGCAGUUCAUCCGCAAAGUGGAGCCCGGUUCACCCGCCGAAGCGGCGGGGCUGCGAGCUGGGGACCGAGUCGUGGAGGUGAACGGGCUCAACGUGGAGCAGGAAACGCACCACCAGGUGGUGCAGCGCAUCAAAGCAGUGGAGACAGAGACCCGCCUGCUGGUGGUGGACAAGGAGACAGAUGAAUACCUGUGCAGCCUGCGCCUGACAUGCACAGAGGAGAUGGCACACAGUGGGAUCCUGCUGGGCUCCAGCAUCUCGCCCUCCAAGUCGGUGGGCAGUGACAACGGGGAGGUGUGGAAGCCACAGCUGGAGCUGAGCGCGGGCAGCCUGCAGCGACACUCGCACAGCUUCUCCUCACAUGGCAGCAGGAAGGAUUUAAACGGACAGAAAGAGCUGUGUCCACGCCUCUGCCACCUGAAGAAAGGCCCCAGUGGUUAUGGCUUCAACCUGCACAGUGAGAAGUCCCGCCCAGGGCAGUUCAUCCGCUCGGUUGACCCCGACUCACCAGCAUCCAGAGCAGGCCUGCGGCCCCAGGACCGCCUGGUGGAGGUGAAUGGGAUAAACGUGGAGGGGCUGCGGCACUCAGAAGUGGUGUCCCAUAUCAAGGCCAGAGAGAGCGAAGCCAGGUUGUUGGUGGUGGACCCUGAGACAGAUGAGUACUUCAAGAAGCUGGGGGUGACCCCCACCGAGGAGCAUACCAAAGGUGUGGUGCCUCAGCCCAUGACGAAUGGAUCUGCACAGAUGCAGCUGAAUGGAGGAUCCACAUCUUCAUCUCACAGUGACCUUCAAAGUCCUGGGAAGGAAUCCGAGGAUGGAGACUCAGAGAAGAGGGACCCGUUUGAGGAGAGUGGGCUGAGUCUGAGCCCCACGGCAGCUGAAGCCAAGGAGAAGGUGAGGGCCAAGAGGGUGAAGAAGAGGGCUCCGCAGAUGGACUGGAACAAGAAGAAGGAGAUCUUCAGCAAUUUCUGAGCCCUGCUGGAAGCAGUGCUCAUUGCCCUGCCCGGACGUUUGGAGGUGCCCGCAGCUCUCCUGCAGUGUCCACGUGAGAUGCUUUGUGCUAUGCUCUUCACUGGUUGCUUUUAUGAAGCGUAUUUUAAAGUCUUUUUUUUUUUUUAAUUGUUAUUAUUAUUAUUGUUAUUAUUAUUAUUGUU